AGGGGUCCUGUGUGCAGGGGUCCUGUGUGCAGGGGUCCUGGCAGAAAUCAACAGCUCAGCAGACUCGGUGCGGUUGGUCUCGGGGUCCGGUCUGUGUUCAGGAUCAGUGCAGAUCUGGGACGGGUCCUGGACCGGGGUCUGUGACGGGGACUUGGACCAGCGGGGGGCAGAGGUGCUGUGCAGGGAGCUGGCUGUGGGCUCCUUCUCUCCUCCAGGGGGCGCUCUCUCCUCUGGGGCAGACGUUCCACUGUGAGGGACAUGAGUCUGCUCUGAUGGACUGUCCCCGCUCCAACUCAAGCACCUGCUCCUCUGGAGCCACUGUCAACCUCACCUGCGCAGAGCCGCUCAGGUUGGUGGGAGGAGCCAGUCGUUGUUCUGGGACUGUGGAGGUGAGAGUCAGAGGAGAGUGGAGACGGAUGGGGCCCUCUGGAGUCGGGGACCAGCAGGUGGCAGCUGCAGUGUGCAGAGACCUGGACUGUGGCUCUGCUGUUUAUGGAGAACACAGAGAUGGUUUUCCACGGAUUCCUGUGUGGGAGGUCAGACGUGACUGUGUGAAGACGUCUCCAGUGAGAGAAUGUGUCUUUGGUUCACGCCUCUCCUCCUCAGAGGGGGUGGGGGUGGUGUGUUCAGACUCGGUGCGGUUGGUCUCGGGGUCCGGUCUGUGUUCAGGAUCAGUGCAGAUCUGGGACGGGUCCUGGACCGGGGUCUGUGACGGGGACUUGGACCAGCGGGGGGCAGAGGUGCUGUGCAGGGAGCUGGGCUGUGGGGCUCCUUCUCUCCUCCAGGGGGCGCUCUCUCCUCUGGGGCAGACGUUCCACUGUGAGGGACAUGAGUCUGCUCUGAUGGACUGUCCCCGCUCCAACUCAAGGACCUGCUCCUCUGGAGCCACUGUCAACCUCACCUGCUCAGAGCCGAUCAGGUUGGUGGGAGGAGUCAGUCGUUGUGCUGGGACGGCAGAGCUGAGACUCAGAGGAGAGUGGAGACGGAUGAGACCCUCUGGACUCUGGAACCAUGAGGCUACAGAUGCAGUGUGCAGAGACCUGGACUGUGGCUUUGCUGUUUAUGGAAAACACAGCGAUAAUUUUCCACGGAUUCCUGUGUGGUGGGUCGUACCUGACUGUGUGAAGAAGUCUCCAGUGAGACGAUGUGUCUAUGGUACAGGCCGCUUCUCCACUCCCGGGGGUGUGGACGUGCUGUGUUCAGACUUCAUCCUGAAUCGUCCAAUCAUCUCCGUGUCUGUGAGUGACGGGGCGUCCGAGCUCCAGCCUCAGGGGGUGCGGGUGCAGCUGGGCUCAAAGUUCAGGGUCAAAUGCUCCGUGGAGCCACAGUACCCGGGAGGCUCCUUCCGGCUCCUCUCUCCCGCCGCGCCCCCCGCUCAGAACCGCACCCUGCCCGCCGUCAAUCACUCCGCCCACUUCCUGUUCUCUGACGCUGACCACGCCCACAAAGGAAACUACACCUGUGUUUACCUCCUGCAGGUGUUCAACCACAACUUCUCCUCUCAGAGCCACACACUCCAGCUCUCUGUGGGAGAGUCAGACUCAGAUCUGAUCAUCAGAGUCGUGGUGAUUCUUCUGUUGAAGCUCCUGUACAUCCUCCCAAUGUACUACUACUACUGCAAGGUCAGGGCCAGAGGCGGCGCUGUAGAGAGGCCCCAGCGGAGACUGAGACGAGUCCAGACCUGAGAUGGUCCAGUUCAAGACCGGAACAUUAACAUCAUUAGCAUCAUUAGCAUCAUUAGCUUCAUUAGCAUCAUUAGCUUCAUUAGCAUAAUUAGCAUCAUUAGCAUCAUUAGCAUGUUUUCUUGUGUUCUUUGGCUGUGGAAUAAUCCCAGUCUCAAUGUGGUUUAUAAAUGUUCAUAUUUUUGUGUUUUUUUCUGUUUGUUUUAAUAAUAUAAUAAUAAUUUGUUUGUAUAAUAAUAAUACAUUUUAUGAAAAAAUGUGUGUGUAGGGAGUAUUAUCUGGUACAUAAGGGUGAGUUGUACAGUUGUAGGGAGUAUUAUCUGGUACAUAAGGGUGAGUUGUUGGGUCCCUCUCUCACAGGACGUCAAUUUCUUGGAGGCUCAUCACGUGUCUGGAAUCUGUGUGUCGUUUGUUCAUUUGUUUUUCAAAAUAAAACUAAAAAUAAUAAAAUAAAACAUAAAAAAAAAUAA